AGGCUAUUGAUCAACCCCUUACGUCAUUAUUGAUAACUUUGACAAACCAAAAUCAAAUGCAAUUUGUCCGGGUAACCGGGACUGCACAAAUGCGUUGAUACUAUUUUUCUUUUCAAAAACACUCGCGGUCCACCAGGACAUCACUUUUUUUUAACAAACACAUUUGCGUUAGUUCAGUGGACUUUCUUGUGUUCGUUGCAUUUUUAAAAAAGUAGAACGAGUAAUCGUUAACGUUGUUUAACAAGGGAAAUCCAGCCCACAUAUUUAUUGCAGCCGCUGAAAAAAAUAUCUUCAAUAUCCCCCAAGAUGGCCGCCGAUGUGGGAUCGAUGUUUCAAUAUUGGAAGAAAUUUGAUCUACGGCGGCUUCAGAGGGAGUUAAACUCAGUAGCGUCUGAGCUGGCAGGGCGGCAGGAAGAGAGCGAGCACUCGCACAAGCACCUGGUGGAGCUGAGCCGGGAGUUCAAGAGAAAUGUCUCAGAGGAAGUGCGGGAGAUGGUGGCUCCUGUCCUCAAGAGUUUCCAAGCCCAGGUGGUUGCUCUGAACAAGCGCAGUAAGGAGGCAGAGUCUGCAUUCCUGGGAAUCUACAAGCAGCUUAUCGAAGCCCCAGACCCAGCUCCUGUGCUGGAGGCCACACACACUCUGGAGGAGAGGCUGCAGCAGCUGCAGAGUUCGGCCCCAGACAGUGAGGCCCUGGUCAGGGAGGUCAGCAGGCACUGGAGGAGACACCUGGAGUGCCUUAACAAGCCAGACGACACAGAGGACAGCCCAGCAGCAGCAUCAGGAGCUGUGGAGGCAUCGAGCCGCACCGCCUGUGUGAUGACUCCCAAAAGCAAACAGGCCUUCAGGGCCACAUGCUCACCUCAGCAGAUCCAGAGUCAGACAGAGGGGAAGGCCGAAGACGCAGAUACCACUCUGGCCGACAGACUGGGUGAGGCCGAGGAGAGGAUCAAAGUGCUGCGUUCAUCUCUGAGCACAGCCCAGACAGACCUGCUGGACCUGCGGUGUAAAUACGACCAGGAGAAGGCCAACAAGGUAGAGGAGGUCAGCGUGAUCAUGAUGAACCUUGAGACGGCGAACCAGAAAGCGGAGAUGGCCCAGAGACAGGUGGAAAGGCUAAAGGAGCAGCUGGCCAGUGCCCGGAGCACCACCCCAGGCAGCUAUAAUCCACCAGAGGGCACUAGUGGGGAGAGGGAUGAGAAAGGUGGCGUGUUGUCAUCCAAGUUGGAGGCUAAGCUGAUUGCUAAAGACCGUGAGAUCCUCAGGCUGUUGGAGAACGUACAGAGACUGCAGUUCUCACUACAGGAAGUCCAGGACACCUCAGCCAAUCAGAUCAUAUCGCUGGAACACCAGCUGGCCUAUAAAACAGAAGCUAUUGAGAGAUUAGAAACUAAACUGCAAUCCCAGAUGGACUAUGACGAGAUUAAAACAGAUCUCAGUAUCCUGAAGGUAAUGAAGUUGGCCUCAGCGAAUGGUAGCUCAUCCCAGGAAUCUGCCAAGGCUGCAGAGGCUCUUUUGCUGGACAAAGAGGCCUUUCUUCCCUCUCACAAAUACCUGAUGGAUAAGGCCAGAGUCUUACACAACAAUGAUGAGGACCAAUCGGAGGAGUCAGGCAGAGAGGGGGGCAGGCCCACAGGGUCCUUCUUCUCAGUCUCCCAGGUGGAUGUGCGUACCUCGGCCAGCCCUGGUCCUCCCACCAUGGAAGUCUCCUCCUCUAGCUACGACCUCCCCCGCCCCUUUUCUGUGUCCCCCUGCUCAGGGGGCAGGCUGUCUGUGGACCACGUCCUCCACAAGCAGCUUCUCUGCUCCCCACUUUUCAAGAAGGAAGCCGGCAGCCCCAUCAUGGCCUUCCCCACCGUCCUGUACGCAGCCAAAGCCGCCCUAAUGUCAACCAAUCAGGGACCUGCAGGAACUGGGGGCAUUGAGGCUGGCCUGCCCAGCGACCAAUCAGAGAGUGGGAGCUCCACUGCAGGCGAUGAUGACCAGUUGGAGACAGCAGAUAUUGCCUUCCAGAUCAAAGAGCAGCUGCUGAAGCACAACAUUGGCCAGCGUGUGUUUGGUCACUACGUGCUGGGCCUAUCACAGGGCUCGGUCAGUGAGAUCCUGGCCCGGCCCAAGCCCUGGAGGAAGCUGACAGUGAAAGGCAAGGAGCCCUUCAUCAAGAUGAAACAGUUCCUGUCUGAUGAGCAGAACAUUCUGGCCCUCAGAACCAUCCAGGUCCGACAGAGAGGGAGCAUCACUCCUCGCAUCCGAACUCCUGAAACUGGGUCAGACGACGCCAUCAAGAAUAUCUUGGAGCAGGCCAAGAAGGAGAUCCAGUCCCAGAGAGGAGAUGGGUCUGGAACAGGUGACAUUAAGUCGUCCCUGGGCAGCCCCUCGGGCAGGAGCAGUAACGGGGCAGACAGCAGCUCAGACGACACCAUCAAGAACAUCCUGGAGCAGGCCAGGAGGGAGAUGCAGGCGCAGCAGCAGGCUCUGAUGGAGAUGGAGGUCUGUGGUAGGGCCUCUGCCACCAGCGCUGGGCCCCAAGUGAAGCGCCUGGGGCUCCCUGAGCCCUCCAAGGGCCUGCCCCUACCCACCUUCAUCAAACAGGAGGAGGGGGGCACGGUGACUAUGUGCAUGGCCAACCCCAUCAGCAGCCCCCAAACCCCCCUUAGUGUCCUCUCCCCUGCCGCCUUCGUUCAGAACAUCAUCCGUAAAGUCAAGUCAGAGAUCGGCGAGGCAGGGACUUACUUCGACCAGCACUGGUCUGUGGAGCGGGGGCCCAUAGGCAUGGUGGGCGGCGUAGGGAGCGGCAGCUCUCAGCCCUUCACCUCAGUGUCUCCCUCCCUGUCCUCUUCCUCGUCCUCGGGCCCCUCGGCCCUUCCCCGGUUGGAGAACGGAGAGUGUCUGCCCAACAGUGAGGAGGCGUCUGCGGCCGAGGAGGACACUGGCUCGGGGAUGAUGCAGUCUGUGGAGGUGAAGAUGGAGUCAGACGUGUCAGUGAGUGGAGAGUCAACUGGCCGUGGCAUGGCCUACUACCCAUCAUAUAUCCCCCGCACCCUGAAGCCCACCGUGCCGCCCCUGACACCGGAGCAGUAUGAGAUGUACAUGUAUCGCGAGGUGGACACCAUCGAACUCACCCGACAGGUCAAAGAGAAGCUGGCCAAGAAUGGCAUCUGUCAGAGGAUCUUUGGUGAAAAGGUGCUGGGUCUGUCUCAGGGCAGUGUGAGUGACAUGCUGUCUCGGCCCAAACCCUGGAGCAAGCUGACCCAGAAAGGCAGGGAACCCUUUAUCCGCAUGCAGCUGUGGCUGCUGGAUCAGCUGGGACAAGGACUCAACCAGCUCCCCAGCCAGAGCCUCUCUCAAGAUAAAAGCCCAGUGACGGCCCAGUCGUCGCCCUCCCCGCCCCCCAGCCCAGAGGAGAUCCACUCCAGCCCGCUGGUGGAGCCCGUCAGCCUGACCCUGGAGAGCAGCAAGGAGAACCAGCAGCCCGAGGGCCUGGUGAACCCCCACCCAGAGGGAGGGAAGUCCACCCCCAGUCUGCUUUCCCUUCACCAGCCCCACACCCCGCUGGGCAUCCAGGAGCUGGUGGCCAUGUACCCAGAGUUGGACACAUACGCUAUCACCAAGAAAGUCAAGGAGGUACUGACAGACAACAACCUAGGCCAGCGGCUGUUUGGGGAGAGUAUACUGGGCCUCACCCAGGGCUCAGUGUCAGACCUGCUCUCCAGGCCCAAGCCCUGGCAUAAACUCAGCCUCAAAGGCAGGGAACCUUUUGUCCGCAUGCAAUUGUGGCUCAACGACCCGCACAAUGUGGACAAGCUGAGGGACAUGAAGAAAAUGGAGAAGAAAGCCUAUCUGAAGCGGCGGUAUGGACUGCUGAGUACCGGCUCAGAUAGUGACUCUCCCAGCGCCAGCUCUGAGUGUGUGAGCCCGGCCCUGGUCUCCAUAGAUCUGUGUCCCUACAGCCAGGUGAAGAAGCCCAGGGUGGUGCUGGGGGCUGAGGAGAAGGAUGCUCUGAGAAAGGCCUAUCUCCUGGAGCCAUACCCAUCCCAGCACACCAUUGAGAUACUGGCCUCUCAGCUCAACCUCAAAACCAAUACAGUCAUCAACUGGUUUCACAACUAUAGCAGGUCCAGGAUGCGACGGGAGGUCCUCAUGGAGGGUCUCCAGGACAACGACAUGGAUGCAGAACACCACAGCUACUCUCCCUCGGCAACACAGAGCCCCACCUCAGACGGGGAUGAGAGGGGGCUGCUGCACCCCACUGGACGCACCCCCCACCCCAUCCUCCCCCUCAGCGCCAACACAUCACUGCCUCAUGUCAAACAGGAGGCCAGUGAGGGAGAGGAGGAGGAGAGGGAGGGCUUCAACGGACAGUCUAAGAUCCAGUGUUUCUCUAUGGGCGUCCAGUUCCCUCAGUUGAAAACGGAGCACGGGGACCUGAUGGUUGGCUGCCAAGAGCCCCACCUGGCUCCACACUAUAUUCAGAGCCUGAGGCAGGAAGAAGGGAUGAGUAGCCAGGCUCAGGGGCUCUUCCAUGGGGAGCUCUCCCUAGAUGGCCCCCAGAGAGCCAGCCAGUCCAGGCACGAGGGUGACAACUCCAGCAAGUCUUUUGUAGACCCAGUCAGUUUCAAGGCAUCAUCGGAGCCCUGUCGCAGCAGCCUAGAGGUCUCCCUCAACUCCCCCUCCGCUGCCUCCUCACCCGGCCUCAUGAUGUCCGUCUCCCCUGUCCCGUCUUCCUCUACACCCAUCUCCCCAUCCCUGCCCAACCCACCCACCACAAGCACCAACCACAGCCUGGACCCUAACUCCCUGCCUCCCAUCCAGAGCCCCAAGCCCAACAAGAGUGUUCAGAGACGCACUGAGAAAAUGGCCAACCUCAACAAUAUCAUCCAUAGGCUGGAAAGAGCAGCUAACCGGGAGGAGACCCUGGAGUGGGAGUUUUAGGCCCCUCCCUCCCUCCACAUUUCCUCAGUCCUGCUGAAUCGCACCGCACAUGGGAGACUCUCAAAGAGAAGCUUCCUGAGCACAUGGAGUGGAGCCUGGCUCCUCAACGCCUGUGCUCCCUGUCUGAUCACACUAAAUAAAUAACCCUUUUCGGAAAACCGGGGGAACCAGAGCUAAACUCUUACAGAAAAAUUCCCUUAGAGGACUUUUAGAAAAGAAAAAAUAUUUAUAAAUGUGUUAGGUUUUUUUGAUAAUGGAUACUACUUUGAAAUAUAUGUAACAGCACUAGCUGUUGUUUUACCUAAUGGACUCUGACGUAAAGACUUUUGCAGCUAUGGUGUCAUGAAAUGUACACUGAAGUUGUGUAGAUUGCCACUGGGUGAGAUUAAAAAAGACCCCUGUCUUAAGCCAUCAAAAGCACUAUAAUUAUUUAAAAAGAGACUGACCAAAUUUGCUACCUUUUGAAUAGCAAUUUUUCAGAUUUUGUCUGUAAGACGGGACUGUUUAAGUCAAGUACCGUGAAAUUCUACUACUGACUGAGAGAUAGUCCUUUAAGACUCUAAAUAUUCAACAUCUUGUAUGUACCUGGAUUCAAGGUUGUAUGUUUUGAAACAUUUGUAAGAAACAUAUAAAGUGUGGUUGUACAUGUUGUAGAAUUGUCUGCAAUAGCCUUCUGAACCAGAUGUAGCAUGGUACUUCACUGACCCUGUUAUCCUCUAUAGUUAGUCACCUGUGAUAUACUUGAGCAAAAAUUUGUGAGGAAAAAAAAAACAUCUGCAAAAAAUAAGAAAGGAAAUGUAGAAUCUAUUUAGUGUAUUUUGUAUUUAUUUUUUAUCAUUGAGGUUUACUAGGCAGUAAAUGAAACUCACUACACAUGAGCACAGUUUACAUGAUUUAUUUCAGACUGCUCUCGUCCUCUAAAUCACUGGUUUCAGACUAUAACGGGCCAAUGCACACCUGGUUACCUCAGUUUUUGUUGAUGCAGAUCAUGCCAUGAUUGCGUUGUCAUUCACACUCAUGACCUUCCAACCUUUGAAUAAAUGGAUUAAGAUAUGUUUGAGUGAUGUCUCAGACAACAAUGGAACCUGAUAAUCUUCUAGUGAGGAGUCUCAGGCAAACAUGAGCAUUCUUUAAAGACCACAUUGAGAACCCCUGCUCUUGGAUUACAAAGGACAGCAUGCUUCAUCCUCUGCUCCCUUUCUCUCCAUCCUAAUUCUGUCCUUUCAGAGACUCAUGCUGUUCCUCCUGCAUUCAUGUCGAUCUUGUUCUUAGCUCAGUGGGCAAGCACAGUCUUGAGUCAUUCAAACAACUCUGGUUUGAUUACAUGGUGGAAACAUACUGUAGAAAGAGAUAAUGCACUAUAGAGCACUGACAAGUCCCUCUGUUUGGCUCUGUCUGACUGGAAUAACAAUCUGAAAGCAUGCCAAUGAAUCCUGAUGGAAAGAACAUGAUACAGUGUGACCAACAUUUGACUACAUUGAAUUCAGUUAGAAUGUACAUUCUAUGACACAAAAUGGAAUUGAUUGUCUCAUUAUCCUUGCCUCUGGCCACUACUGUAUUGAAUAUAUUAGUUUUGUCAUGCUUGCAGUUCGUUAUAAUCUUCUGUAUUUUCCUUCUGUUUUGUACUCAACCAUUUGAAUAGGUCUUCAAUACCUUGUAUGAACUACUUACAGCACUUAGUUUAAAUAAUUGUGAGGAUUCAAGAAAUGUAAUUUUUAGUGUCCACAAGUGAGUCUUUGCCUUUACUGUAUCGUUGAAAUUGGUAGUAAACACUGUCUAACUAGUUCAGAGGAUUUGGAUUGUAUAUGUAUAGAUAUAUAAAUAUUACACAUUUACUGAAAAUUAUAUCUUAUGUUCUUGAACAAAAUGUGCUGCCUAUAUCGAAAUAUAGUGUACAGAUUUAUUAAAGGGAUCAUUCUUCCAAAUUAGGGUAAGGAAACCAGUCUACGGACAAGGAAGGACAGUAAUCCAUGCUUUGGCUUUAUUUCCCUUGGCACUGUUCCCAAAUGUUAACCUUUUAGCAUUUGUGGCACAAAUCCCAUUCAAGUCAUGUUACCGAUAUUAGCAUUUUCGCACAUGUUCAAAUCAUCUAUAAGCAGCAAUUUCACUAUAGUUGUGCACGUGACAACUUUUUGUUGAGCUUCACAAUAAAUUUGAGAUAUUUUCAGAUAAUUUGGACAUGAUGCCAGAAAAAUGCUAAAAAUAAAUAAAUCCCAUCCAACAAACUAAACCAAAGCAUAGAUUGCAGCCGAACUUUGUCCGUAGACUGCUUACAGGGUAAGGAAACCAAUAUGUAAUUUUGUUAUUUGGGGGAACUAUCCCUUUAACUAAAACCCAUAUGAGCCAGUUCUGGUCUGGAAAGCUUGCCCAUGUUUUAGACCUUCUCUCAGGGUAGUCUUGCUUCUUAAAGCUUUACUGAACCAGUCGCUUUCAUAACUGGUAAACACAAUAAUUAAUGAAUAUAAUAACAGAAGAAACCAGUAGACAGAAUGGUUCUGCCAUAUGUUAUAUGGGAUUAUGGAAGUUUUAACUAUGGGAAUGCACAUGGAAAACUAAUGGUUGUUUUUUGAGAGAAAUGGCAGGCUAUUUUGUAGUCCAUUGGUACAAUGACAAUGUUAGGUAAUUUAAUAUAGUGUGUUUUUGUGAAGCAAACAGGGAGAGGUAAAAGUAUAAAAUUGCUAACAUCCUGACAGAACUGACUCUUCCAUACUUGCUGAGCAGAUACAGUAUGUGCUUGACACUUCAGAAUGACACUGUAUACCUCUAAGGAUGAAAUGGGGAAUCUGGAUAUCCUAUAUUAAUCUAUGAUGAACUGUCCUUUAUUUUUACAACUCAUUUUCUAUAUCAGUGAUACUGUGUAUGGGAGUACUUAGAAGUAACAUUUCUUGUAUGAGAUCUCAUCGUCUUACACAGAAGAAUUGACAAAUAAAUGGCUGAAAAUGGAAUUGAUUUACACAGACCCUUAUGGACCUUUACAUAUUCACAUAAACCUAAUUUAACUGUUUGAAUUUUGCAUGCAAUUUCAUACUGAUCACUUAAGGGGAAUAGACUGUUUUGUAUUAUUGUUCUGGCGCAUUGACAUUGAAUCAGCACUUAUCCCUUUUUACACUGGUGAAACCAUGCAUGUUGCAAUUGGCAAUUUUUGUGACAGACACAAUGUGUUAUAUAUUCAACUGACUGAAUUGACUCUUUGUAGUAUUCACAAGACUGGUUUAGUAAUGUGUGAAUAAGAUGGUGAAUUGAAUGAAAACCAGACUAAACAAAGUCCCUCUGAAAUUUUCUAUCCCAAAUCCCGAAGUAAAAAGCAGACAUUUAGAAAUGACUUUUUAUCCCAUAUCAAUUAAGCCUCAUGAUUUUUCUGGCCUUGUUGAUAGAUUGUGAUUUGAUGGUCAUGGACCUCUGUCACUAAAAGGUGUAAAGUGGUUGAGUACUUGGGUAAGCAAAGAUGUGAUUGUUUUACUGAAUUACCUAUGAGAUUUGGGUUUGAUCAUAAAGGGAUUCCAAAUGUUGUUUAACAAUAUGCGUCACCUCUCCUGUCAAAAUUAUUGUAAUUAAAAGCUGUUAAUACAGAUGAGGUGCUCAAAAGGCUAACAUCUCAUCUCAUGUUUCAAGGCAUUGGAAGCUGUUAAGGAAUGGACAAAAAUAUACCAAGUGUCUUGGAUUCACAUAUGUAUGAAACCAUCAUCCAAUACAUUAUUGAAUAAGA